GCAUAAAUCAUAGUUUUUAUUAUUAAAACCCCGACAAGCAGACAGUGUGUGGUUGUUUUCGUCGAGAAGAAGUGAGAAACCGAACUAUUACUCCAAAUUUCUCAACCCCUAAUAUUAAACAAUUCUUUGUUUUAUGAGAUGAUGAAUACGUCUCAGUUUAUGGACAAGCAGGUAAUGGAUUUGACAUCUUCUUCAACCUCAAAUCAAUCGCCGUCGCCUUCCACCGCCGGCGGAGAUUUUAUUGAUCUGAUGAAUCCUCCCCAGGGCGACAGUCAACACCAGAGUCAUUAUAAUUCCAAUGCUAGUUCCAUAAUUGGAAGUGCUGGUGAUAGUGGGAUCAGGAAGGAGGAGAUCGUUCCCAGUUACGAUUUUCAGCCGGUUCGUUCUAUUGCUUCGAGUCUUGAUUCUUCCAUUCCUGGUCUCGGAGCUCCAACUUCUGCCUCUAGGGUUUGGAAUUCCGCUGAUUCUAAAUCUAAUUCCGUUCACAUUUCUUCUGCCUUGCCUAUCAGAAAUUAUGGUUCUUUGGACUCUAUUGAACCUGCAAGAGUCCUUGUUGAGAAGGAUCAAAAUGCUUCUGAUGUGGCAAUAGUGUCUGAGAUUGAUAAAUCGAUGAAGAAAUAUGCUGAUAAUUUGGUGCAUAUUCUGGAAGGUGUCAGUGCACGACUGACACAACUGGAGAGCAGAACCCGCCACCUUGAGAAUUCUGUGGAUGAUUUGAAACUGUCUGUUGAAAACAAUCAUGGAAGCACAGAUGGGAAAAUAAGGCACCUGGAGAACAUUUUGAGAGAGGUGCAAACAGGGGUGCAUCUUUUAAAGGAGAAGCAGGAAAUAGUUGAGAGUCAGCUGCAACUUACAAAGCUGCAAGUAUCUAAGGGAGGCCAGCAACAAUCAGAAACCCAAAACUCUGGGCACAUGGACACUGUGCAGCAAGCAGCAUCUGCCCCUCCACAAUCUCACCAGCAGCUGCAACAAGCAGCACCUGCCCCUCCACAUACUCACCAACAACUUCCUCCCAUCACUUUUCCGCAAUCCAUUCCUUCUGUUCCUGUUUCUGUUCCUCCUCCUGCUGUCCCUCCACCACCUAUUUUCCAACAAAAUUUGUCACCUCCUGCUCCACUUCCAAACCAGUUACCGCAGAGUCAGAUUCCCUCUGUCCCUCAGAGAGAGCCUUACUAUUCACCGCCUAGUCAAACACAAGAUCCUCCAAAUCUACAAUAUCAGGUAUCUCCAUCACAGCAUUCACAGCCCUCUCAUGCAGGACCACCACAUCAAUCAUAUCAACUUGCCCCUCAACCACAGUACUCUCAGCCACCCCAGUUGCCUCAACCCCAAACUCAACCAUUAGUUUCAGUAUGUCACCAUCCUGAAGAGGCACCUUAUGUUCCCUCUCAGAGUUACCCACCAAGCUUACGCCAGUCAUCCUCUCAGCCAGCUAGUGGGGCUCCUCCUUCCCCGCAGUUUUAUGGGGCUCCUUCACACAUAUUUGAACCACCAUCCAGUAGACCAAGUUCAGGGUUUUCAGCAGGAUAUGACCCACCUUCUGGGACUACUGAAUCUUAUCCUUAUGGCGGACCACCUUCUCAGUAUGGUAGCAAACCUCCAAUGAAACCACAGCAGCUCUCAUCUCUUGCUAUGUCUCACAGUGCUGGAAGUGGGUACCCUCAGCUUCCCACUGCUCGGAUAUUACCACAUGCAUUACCUACUGCUUCUGGGGUUGGUGGUGGUUCUAGUUCUUCUGGAACUGGAAAUAGGGUUCCCAUUGAUGAUGUGGUUGAUAAAGUGACAAAUAUGGGAUUUCCAAGAGAACAUGUUCGAGCAACUGUUAGGAAGUUGACAGAGAAUGGUGAAUCAGUUGAUCUGAACAUAGUGCUUGAUAAGCUGAUGAAUGAUGGAGAAGUCCAGUUCCAGAGAAGUUGGCUUGGUCGGUGACUUAUCCUUUUAUUCAUGCUGAUGUAUAGAAUUAUAACCUGUUUCAGGAUUGACUUUGCAGAGGGGGACUGUUUACUGGGAGAGGAUGGGUUAUUGUCCCCUGGCUGGAUUCUUCUUCCUUUCUCACAAUUCUUUUCUAGUUUAUCGGUUGUGUUAAAAUCUCUUUCAUACUUGUCUAGCUCUGCUUUGUGACUACCUGUCUUAAUCCGGGUCGUGAAUGCUCAAUAAUAUGAAGAGGUUUAUCAGUGUUCCAUUUGUUUA